AUGGAAACAGCGAAUUUCGAGAAAAAUGACACAAACAUUACAGUUGAUAGAUAUAUUAGUUCAUUGUAUAAUCUUACGCAAGAAGAUAGUAACUGGAUCGUUACGAGCUCCUUCAUGAUUUUUACAAUGCAAACAGGUUUCGGAAUGUUAGAGUCUGGUUGUGUAUCUGUAAAAAAUGAGGUCAACAUCAUGAUGAAAAACGUAGUCGAUAUAGUUCUCGGUGGCCUAACUUACUGGAUGUUCGGAUUCGGAUUUAGUUUUGGCUUGAGCGAACCCAAUAAUCCUCUGAUCGGAAUCGGAGGUAUAUUCGUAGAUCCUCCCGUCGACGACGAGUACAUGGGUUCCAUUUGCGCCGCGUUUAUAUUUCAAUUGAGCUUUGCCACCACUUCGACAACCAUCGUUAGUGGUGCUAUGGCAGAACGAUGUAACUUUAAAGCGUACUGCAUCUUCUCGUUUUUGAACACUAUCGUGUACUGCAUGCCAGCGGGGUGGGUAUGGGGUGAUCAUGGUUUUCUGAAUCGUAUGGGAGUCGUUGAUAUCGCUGGCUCAGGCCCGGUGCAUCUUGUCGGCGGUGUUUCAGCUCUCGCUUGCGCUAUCAUGCUCGGUCCCAGAAUUGGCAGAUAUGACAACGGCAUUGAUCCUCUACCGCUCGGAUCUCCAGUCAAUGCUAUCAUGGGAUUGUUCGUGUUAUGGUGGGGCUGGUUAGCGUUCAACAGCGGUAGUACUUACGGGGUAACUGGUCAACGGUGGCAGUAUGCCGCCCGGGCGGCUGUCGCCACGAUGAUUGCCAGUAUGGGAGGUGGUCUGGUUGGCUUGGGAUUCAGUUUAACUAAUCCGAAUGGAAUUGAUAUCCUUAGCCAGAUAAACGGUGUUCUUGGCGCGCUAGUAGCAGUUACUGGUGGGUGUUUUCUAUACAGAGGCUGGGAGGCGAUGGUAGUCGGGAUGGUAGGCGGUUUUAUCACGUGUGUCGCAAUGCCAGCGUUAGAUAAAAUUCACAUAGACGAUCCCGUUGGUGCAGCCGCCACUCACGGCGCAAGUGGCAUUUGGGGAGUUAUCGCCAUCGGUUUGUUCGCAGAUGAUCCAUAUCCUCUUGAUACUACAAGCGGAAGGAAGGGAUUGUUUAAAGGAGGCGGCUGGUAUCUAUUAGGGGUACAAAGUUUAUCUGUGCUUUGCUUAGCGGUUUGGAGUUUUAUCAGCUCUAUCAUAUUGCUAUGGAUUAUAAAUAAAGUAAUACCAAUUAGAAUGCCACUUAAUGAAGAAGUACUCGGAGCAGAUCUUGUAGAGCACAGAAUACGUCAUUCAAAAAUAGGUGUAAGUCGUGCCAUGUCAGCGCUUCGACCGUUUACUAUGGAGAAGGAACUGAGGAACGUACCUACUGUAGGCCAGAAUCCUGGUCACGAUAGAUACAUUGCUCAACGUGAACAAAGGAAAAAGAAACUGGUGAAUCUUCCAAAGUUUGAGAAACGUCAAUCAUCGAAAAAGUUGGUAACAAAAAGUUCCCAGGUCAGGACAAUCGCGGACUCGGCGAUAACCGCGGAAGCAAAGCUGCAAUUUGCUUGGGUAGAUUAGAUUGAGAAAAAAAUUAAUCCACAACGAAAUAUCUCGCCGCUUGUAUACUUUGUCAAAGAUGUAAAUUUAUUAUAAAUGUAUAAACAUAGACACGUGCACACAUUCUAAUUUCUUCACAUUCUAAUACGUCCGAAUGAUAUGUGUGUGCGUGUGCGUGUGCACGAAAGAUAUAAGUUUCCUAAUAAAUACUCGAUUUUUUACGCAUUUACACAUAAAUAUUGAUCGCGGACACACAUGCACGCGCACACACGACACAGAGAUAAAUGGACAUGUUAAAUCGAUCACAGACAAACUGAAUCUUAACACGAUGCUUAACCAGUGGCACAAAUAUCAGUCGAAUAAAUUAUCUAAUCAUUCAUGACACUCGAUAAGAUAAUACGAGUUCUUACAG